AUGGCGGCCAACAUGUACCGGGUGGGGGUCGGGGACCGGGGCUGGAGAGGCUCGGCACCCGGCAGCGCGGGGAGCCGCGUCCGGGGCGGCGUGGUCCCGAGCGCGGACCGGAACCGGAACCGGGAGCACGGGGAGCGAGGGUGCGGGGACGGCGACGCGGCCGGGCGCCGAGGCCCCCUGGAGAGCCUGCGGGCUGCCCCGACGGCACUCUCGGGGCUGCGUCUGGGGCCCCGGGUCGGAAGUGGGGCCUGGGAAAGUGGGGAGUUUGAGGAGGAAUCAAAGCAGCCAGGGGUGUCAGAGCAGCAGCGACAUCAACUGAAGCACCGGGAGCUUUUUCUUUCUCGGCAAUUUGAAUCGUUACCAGCCACCCACAUAAGGGGGAAAUGCAGCGUGACCCUCUUGAAUGAGACCGACAUCUUGAGCCAAUACUUGGAAAAGGAGGACUGCUUUUUUUACUCACUGGUGUUCGACCCCGUGCAGAAGACGCUUUUAGCCGAUCAGGGGGAGAUCCGAGUUGGUUGCAAAUACCAAGCUGAGAUCCCAGAUCGUCUGGCAGAGGGAGAAUCUGAUAAUCGGAACCAACAGAAGAUGGAGAUGAAGGUCUGGGACCCGGACAAUCCUCUCACAGACCGGCAGAUUGAUCAGUUUCUCGUGGUGGCCCGGGCCGUGGGGACCUUCGCAAGAGCCCUAGAUUGCAGCAGCUCCAUUCGGCAGCCGAGCCUGCACAUGAGUGCAGCUGCUGCCUCUCGAGAUAUCACGCUGUUUCAUGCCAUGGAUACGUUGCAGAGGAACGGCUACGACUUGGCUAAGGCCAUGUCGACCCUGGUGCCCCAGGGAGGCCCAGUGCUGUGUCGGGACGAGAUGGAGGAGUGGUCGGCCUCGGAGGCCAUGCUGUUUGAGGAGGCCCUGGAGAAGUACGGCAAGGAUUUCAAUGAUAUUCGCCAGGAUUUUCUGCCUUGGAAGUCACUCGCCAGCAUAGUCCAGUUUUAUUACAUGUGGAAAACCACAGACCGCUAUAUUCAGCAGAAAAGAUUGAAAGCUGCUGAAGCAGACAGCAAACUGAAACAAGUCUAUAUCCCCACCUAG